CAGGGACCAGGUUCCAGAGCAGCCGGAGCCUCGUACAGCGGGCUGCAUUGUUCCACCGUAAACAGAGGCUGACACAGAUCCGGUUCUACCGUGUGAAUGUGUGGAGCAACGUCCGUACCGGCGACCGGAGGCCGUUAACUACGUGGAAAUCCCGCUGGUGGUUCGGCAGUUGAUGGAGAGUAACCCGCUCUAAGAUGGCAACCGCCGCCCGCUCCCGGCGACCAUAGACCGACGGUCAGCUCCAUGAGUCCUCUCUGGUUCUCAUAGUCCAGCUCGCUCUCUUCCGGCUCCUCUCACUCCUCCUCAUCAUGUCGGCGGCUCAGACCCAAAAGGAGGGCGGCGAGGCAGGCUGGGGCUGUCUGGAGGCUCUGGGUCUCAGCCAGAAGGAGCUGGUCCUGGCCGAGGCCCUACAGAUGGAGUAUGACGCCCUCUCCAGACUCAAACAGGACAAGAGUGGUAUGGAGACCAGCCAGAACCCUGGUCCCGGUGCUCCCAGCCAAACCCGCUCCAAAACCCCGAACUCCACCAUUGAACGCUCCCGACCCAUCCCUAGCAGGCCCAGUCCUGCUGCGGGCCUUCUGAGUUGCCUCUCUGGGUCUGACCCCUCCCUGAACCAGCCUGGAGGGUCACAGUCUCCCCAACCCAUCCCAGCUAGGGCUCCCCCUCCCGUCAAAGAGUCCCUGUACAUCCUGGACAGUCCAGAGGUCAGUAAGUUCAGGGACUGCUCUGGCUCUGGCCUUGGGGACUCUCUUCCAGAUGACGUCCCCCCUGCCAUACCCCCGAGAAACCCCAUCACCCCAUCGUCAGGGUCAGAGAACCCCUUCCUGCCCUCUCGAGGGUCCACCGUCCCCCGCGACGUGAACCUGUUCACGCCCGAUGUGGAUCAGCCCAAAGUGGAGCUCAACUAUGACAACAUCAACGAGUCGUUGUCUCGGCUCAACGGGAGCCGUCCGGAGCCCCGAGGUCGGAGGGACCAAUCGGGGAAGCCCGUGGCCCGGAGUAAGACCCUCCCCCCUCAAGUCCCGCCUAGGACGUACGUACCCGUUCCCAAGAGCAACAAGAACCAGCGGCGGGUGUCUGCAGACCCGGUGUCUCUGGCGUCCAGGAUGAACGGGUUUGGAUACGAACUCUUCCAGGUGUCUGAGGAGAGAGACGAGGAGGUGGCGGCUUUCUGUCACAUGCUGGACGUGUUACGUUCGGCGUACCCACACAGCGACCGCUCGAAGAAUGCCGGCUUCGUUUGGUCGCCGCCCGUUGGUCAGGAGGAGCUGCAUCAGGGUCUCGGGGUCAGUGUGAAGGUCACCAUCAUCAGCGAGCACUUCAGAGAGCCUCUCACCUUUACCUGUGACGGCUCGUCCACCGUGGACCUGCUGAUCUAUCAGACUCUGUGCUACGCUCAGGAUGAUCUGGAUCACAUGGACGUGGACCACUACCUGCUCAAGGUCUGCGGACACGAUGAGUUCCUCAACAACUCUCAGACUCUGGCUGGUCUGGAGUUCGUCCAGCAGUGUCUGAAGUUCGACUGGGACGUCCAACUGUUUCUGACCAAGAGAUCUGCCAUCAACACAGAGCUGGCCCGCACGAAAGAAGACGAUGAGACGUCGUCCACCAUGAACCACAGCAUCCUGCUGCAGGAGCGUCCAAUCAAACAGACCGUCACCAGGGAGGCUCUGACUCUGCUGUUGGAUACGUUUCAUAAUGAGGCCGAGUCCUUCCUGCUGUCAGAGGUGGAGCUACCGCUGCAUGUGGAGCGUCUCGUCCAAUCAGUGAAGGCGCUCUGCAACUCGUUAGCUGCCGUGGAGACGCCUGAUGUGACCUUCGCCCUCAACCAGCUCCCAGCAUGCCCCUGUCGUCUGCAGCCCAAAGUCCUCAAGGAUGCAUCAGUGCUGGCUGUCAGAGAGAACAGAGAGAAAGUGGUGGAGAAGUUGACGGCGGCCAUCUUGGAUCUGGUGGAGCUUUACUGCAGCACGUUCAACGCCAACUUCCACACAACGCCACAGAGUCACUGCUGCACGGCACCGGUGCAGGAGGCCGGCCUCGUCACCAACGUGCUGUCCUUCAACGUGUACGCCGCUCACCGCAUCCCCAUCACCUGGGCCGCCAGUUACGAGGGUUUCUUCCUGUCCUGCUCUCUGAGUCAUGGAGGGGCGGAGCUCUGCGCGCCGCAGCACACCAGCAAACAGUCAGUCAGCAAAUACCUGUUCCACCUGGUGGUGUGGGACCAGAGGGUUUGCUUCCCGGUGCAGAUCAACCAGCUGCCCAGAGAGUCUCAGUUGACGGUGACCCUGUACGCCAGCUCUCUGCCGCCCCCCGGAGGAACAGAGGAGAAGGGGAAGCAGCGGCGCAGCAUCGAGGCUCUGGGCUGGGUCACCAUGCCACUCUUCAACUUCAGACACGUGCUGACGUGUGGCAGGAAGUUACUCGGCCUGUGGCCUUCAGCGCCUGGGAGGAGCGGGAACGCCCGGACGAGCUCGCCGAACUUCAGCCAACCGGACAGCGUGAUCCUGCAGGUGGACUUUCCCACCUCUUCCUUCGAGGUUCGGUUCAGUACUCCUCCUUCAGCAGAGUUCUGUCCUCAGUACGACUUCUCCAGACUGGACACCAUCAGUCAGAUCCAGCUGCAGGACGUCCUCCACAAGAAGGCCGUCUUCUGGCUGACGGUGGAGGACAAGCGUCUGCUGUGGGAGAAGAAAGCUUUCUGUCAGGCGGAGAGUGCGGCUCUGCCUCUGGUUCUGGCCAGCGCCCCCUGCUGGCAGUGGGCCUGCCUGCCCGACAUCUACGCCCUGCUGAGGCAGUGGGCCUGCCUGGGUCACCUGGACGCCCUGGGACUUCUCCACGCCUCGUUCCCGGACCAGGAGCUGAGGAGGACGGCGGUUCAGUGGAUGGACUCCAUCUCAGAUCCAGAGCUGCUGGACUUCCUGCCUCAGCUCGUCCAGGCUGUGAAGUACGAGUGUUACCUGGAUAGUUCGCUGGUUCGAUUCCUCCUACGGAGAGCCAUCGGGGACAUUCGCAUCGCUCACUACCUCUUCUGGCUGCUGAAGGACAACCUGCAGGACAGUCAGUUCAGCGCUCGCUAUCAGCACCUGCUGGCUGCUCUGCUUUGCUGCGUUGGCCGAGGUCUCCGGGAAGAGUUCGACCGCCAGUGCUGGCUCGUCUCCGUCCUCGCCACGGUGGCGCACAAAGUCCGAGACUCCACGCCGUCCAACAGACAGUGUGUCCUCAGGGACGGUCUGGAGGAGAUGAAGCAGUUCUUCUCAGUGAACAGCAGCUGUAGACUUCCUCUCAACCCGGCGCUGCUGGUCACAGGAAUCAACAUCCAGUCGUGUUCCUUCUUCAACUCCAACGCUGUUCCUCUCAAACUGUCCUUCCAAAACCUCGACCCUCUGGGAGACAACAUCAAUGUCAUCUUCAAGUCAGGAGACGACCUGCGGCAGGAUAUGCUGACUCUACAGGUGAUCCGGAUCAUGAACAAGAUCUGGAUCCAGGAGGGUCUGGACAUGAGAAUGGUCAUCUUCAAAUGUUUCUCCACCGGCAGAGGACGAGGUAUGGUGGAGAUGAUUCCUCACGCUGACACUCUGAGGAAGAUCCAGGUUGAACAUGGAGUCACUGGGUCCUUUAAAGACCGACCACUGGCUGACUGGUUGCAGAAACACAACCCUACUGACGAGCAGUACGACAAGGCGGUGGAGAACUUCAUCUACUCAUGUGCCGGCUGCUGUGUGGCGACCUACAUCCUGGGAAUCUGUGACCGCCACAAUGACAACAUCAUGCUGAAGACCAGUGGUCACAUGUUCCACAUCGACUUCGGGAAGUUCCUGGGACACGCGCAGAUGUUCGGUAAUAUCAAACGGGACCGCGCCCCCUUUGUGUUUACCUCCGACAUGGCAUACGUCAUCAACGGAGGAGACAAACCGUCCAGUCGCUUCCACGACUUUGUGGAUCUGUGCUGCGAGGCGUACAACCUGAUCAGGAAACACACACACCUGUUCCUCAACCUGCUGGGCCUGAUGUUGUCCUGUGGGAUCCCGGAACUCUCUGACCUGGAGGACCUGAAGUACGUCUAUGACGCGCUGAGACCUCAUGAGUCCGAGGCCGACGCCACCAUGUACUUCACCAGGUUGAUCGAGUCCAGUCUUGGCAGUGUCGCCACCAAACUCAACUUCUUCAUCCACAAUCUGGCUCAGAUGAAGUUCGCCUCGUCAGAGGAUCGGCCCACACUUUCGUUUGCUCCCAGAGUUCACACGGCAAAGAGCGACGGGCUCAUCAGGAACCUCUACAUCUGCAGACACAUCCGAACAGGCAGCAAAGGAUACGCCUUUGUGGUGAAGGUGGAGCGUGACGGCCAGCAGGAGGCGCUGCUGGUCCAGAGGACGUUUGAGGAGUUUCAGGAGCUGCACAGCAAACUGAGACUGAUGUUCCCCUCAACCAAACUACCCAGUUUUCCAAACCGUUUUGUGAUUGGUCGGUCCCGCGGCGAGGCAACAGCCGAUAGGAGGAAAGACGAGCUCAACGGUUAUGUUUGGCACCUGAUCCACGCCGCGCCGGACGUCGCUCAGUGUGACCUCGUCUACACCUUCUUCCACCCACUGCCCCGAGACGAGACACCAGGAACAACAACCAGUAAACCAGCAGAGCUGGCAUGGUCUCCAGUGGUGGGCAGAGAGCUCGGUGAGGUUAAACUGUCAAUCUCAUACAAGAACGACAAACUCUUCAUCAUGGUGAUGCACAUACGAGGACUGCAGCCUCUGCAGGACGGGACAGACCCGGACCCCUAUGUGAAGCUCUACCUCCUCCCAGACCCCCAGAAGACAAGCAAGAGGAAGACCAAGGCAGCACGACGCACCUGCAACCCCACCUACAAUGAGAUGGUAGUGACCUCACUUCCUGUCUGCAGGAUUCCCCGAGGGGACUUGGACCAGAGGGUGAUCCACCUGCGGGUUCUGGGUGACGGGGCUUUCUGGGAGAACACACUGUUGGGAGAGACCUUCAUCCCCCUGAAGAGGCUGGUCCCGGGUCAGCACUGGGUGGACUGGCACCAGCUGGGCGCCGCCGGUUCAGACUCCGCCCACUGACAGACAGGAAACUGGAAGGAGUUAAAGGAGGAGAAGAAGAAGAGGAGCAGUUCUCCCGACGAGGACCGAGGACAAAAACCCUUUCAGAGUAAAAGCGGUGUGGCUCCCGUUUAAAGCUGCAGUUUAACUUUUCUUUUAACACAAAAACUCAAUGUGGAGUUGGUUUAUUCAACUAAUAAUCAUUAAAGAAAGAGUUCUUUUCAUCAUCAGGUCAAUAAACUGAAACUAACCAACCUGAUGAGCCACAAACAUCAGCUCCUUUUAGUAGUUUAGAGUCUGUGGAUUCACGCCUUUAUUCUGAAGGAGCUUCCUGUUUGAUUUGAGUUUUUUAGUUCUUUAAUAUUUCUGCUCGCUGAUGAAAGAUGAAGUUAAAGUUGAUUCUGACGACAACCACAAUAAAAAGGAUUAUCAUUUUCAAGGACUUUUCCCAGGCUGCAUUUAAGAAUUCCAGGAUUUUAAUUUUAUUGCAUUUUUUCAUGAAACUAAAAAGAGAAACUGGUUUCUGAUUUGAGCACAAACAAACUGCAGUGCAGAGGAGACGCUGUACAUACAGAGCUUUAGCCUAAAUGUUGCUAACAGGAAGUAGCUGAAGUUGUAGCGCUGUACAGACAGGAAGCAGACUGCGGGAUAUUUUUAUAGUGAGGAUGAGGAUUGGAUUUUCUACGUGCGGUGCAACGCUCGGCUGUUUCUUCUUCAUUCCCUGUUUUUUUAACCAUCUUUCUGUGGGAUUUUGUACUUUGUGGGCACGAUGUGAACAUCGAAGGGAACGCAGUGAACAUCGAAGGGAACGCAGUGAACAUCGAAGGGAACGCAAGGGAACGCAGUGAACAUCGAAGGGAACGCAAAGGGAACGCAGUGAACAUCGAAGGGAACGCAGUGAAGAUCGAAGGGAACGCAGUGAUUGUGUUUUGCGCUGUAGACGAGACAAACUGCACUCACCUGCUCUGGUCCAUGCUCCACUCCUACAGCUCCUCACUCUGGGUUUAAAUAUGGAAGACCUCGGGAGGCGUGAUGUUGAUCCGGCUGUCCGCCUUCCUGUACUCGCACAGUGAAUAUUCUCCCUUUAUUCUGUCUCACUGCAGCAGAAUGAGCACAGAACGAUGUUUCGGUGAUUUAAUGUCAACAGAUCAAAAAGAUGCUGAAAUAACGAUUUGUAAAAAGUCUGAACUUGUACGUUUCCGGUCGGUCUGCGAGACGACGAGCAAACUACUUUUAAAAUGCUAAUUAUCUGAAUGGAGUUUGGUUGAUCAGAGCUAUGCUAGUAGCUACUUAGCUACUAGUUAAGUAAAACCGACAGCUGGAAUCAAUAACAACCAUAAUUUAAUUUAAUAACUAUAAAUAUAUCUUUUUGAAGUCCGCCACCAUGAGAGCGUAAACUUCUCUGUGUUGGUUGAUCUGAAGGAACGGAGCGAUGUGCAGUCGGGUGGUGAGUUUGAGUCCGGAGACAGAAUGUAAGUUCAGAGUGAACUGGAUCUUUAAGUACUGUACAUGCUGACGUAAUGUGACCCUGCGCUCUGACUCACAGGCUGAUAUUAAUGUGGAACUUUGAUUUAGGAACAUGUUUUGUAUUAUUUGCACUACAAAAUAAACUUGAACUGAAAUAAAAAA